GAGAGUAUUUGUUCCAAAAUAGCACCAUCACCCCGCUUUGAAAAAAUGGCCAAACGCAACAAAUCACUGGUCCGUUAUUACCGCCUCUGCCGAUUCAUAUGUACAGACUCUCGAUCAGCGAAGCUUGAGCGAGAGCGGUAUGAACAAGUAAAAAAGCUAACAAUUCUUAUCGGACAGAACCAAACAGAACCAGCUAAAAGGCAGCUUCGAUCUCUUGUCAUAUCAAACUCUCUUUUCAGUUCAUCCUCUGAUCUUUACACUCUGUUUUCAACCGUCCCGCCCAGUUUAAAAUUUACUCUCUCUAAUUUACUUUUAACCGUCUGUGCUGAAGCUAAAUUACCCAUUGAAGCUACUGAUGUAUACAUGUUAAUAAGAAGAGAUGAUAUGUUUCCUUCUGUUGCAGCGUUUAAUUUGUUUCUAGAGUGUUUAGUAUCAUCUCGUCAGUAUAGUAAAACCCUAGAGAUUUUUAACCAGCUUGUUGAUUUAGGUGUGAAUGUUGAUGAGUUCACUUAUGCUAAGGCUGUGCAGUCAGCGGUAAAAUCGGGUGAUUUGAGACGGGGGUUUGAAUUGAUGAAGUGUAUGAGGAGUAGUGGUGUGAGUAUUAGUGGGUUUGUGUAUAAUGUUAUGAUUGGUGGGUUGUGUAAAGAGAGGAGAGUUGAGGAGGCUCGGAAGGUGUUUGAUGAAAUGGUUGAGAGAGGGGUGGUGGGGAAUUGUGUUUGUUAUAAUUCUUUGAUUGAUGGGUAUUGUAAGGUGGGGGAUUUGGAAGCAGCUUUUGGUAUUUUUGAGAGGAUGAAGUUUGAUAAUGUAAGACCGAGUAUUAUUACGUUUAAUUCACUGGUUGGUGGUCUUUGUCGGGGGAAGAGGAUGGUGGAGGCGAAGAACAUGGUUGCGAAAAUGAGGUGUUGUGGGUUUGUUCCCGAUGGAUAUACUUAUAGUAUACUGUUUGAUGGGCAUUUGAGAUGCGGUGAUGCAAAUGCUGCAUUAGAUUUGUAUGAUGAAACAGUGAGGGAAGGUGUUCGACUUAAUAGUUAUACUUGCAGUGUUUUGUUGAAUGUCUUGUGCAAGGGAGGAAAGGUGGAUAAAGCGGAGGAGAUUUUACAUGGGUUGUUGGAUAACGGGGUUGUUCCGACGGAGGUGAUAUUUAAUACAAUCUUGGAUGGGUAUUGUAGGGUUGGUGACAUUGUAAAGUCGAUCUCUGUUUUUGAGAAGAUGGAGUACUAUGGUUUAAAUCUGAGCUGUAUAACUUUUAACACACUGAUUAAUAAAUUUUGUGACUUGGGUGAUAUGGACAAGGCAGAGAUAUGGUUAAAGAAAAUGGUUCAGAAGGGCCCUCCUCCAGAUGUGCAGACAUACAACAUCCUAAUAGAAGGUUAUGGCAGAAUUGGCGAUUUUAAUAAAUGUUUCCAAAUACUUGAAGAAAUGGAAGGCAGAGGGUUAAAUCCUAAUGUAGUUAGCUAUGGUUCUCUAGUUAAAUCUUUAUGCGACGGUGGAAGGCUACUUGAAGCUGAACUAAUGCGCGGGGACAUGGUUACUAGAGGGGUUAUGCCCAAUGCACAUAUAUAUAAUAUGCUCAUAGAUGGAUACUGCGAGGUUGGAACGAUGAAACAUGCUUUUAGGUGCUUUGAUGAGAUGUUUGAAGUAAACAUAGUUCCCACGGUUGUAACAUACAAUGCACUUAUAAAUGGACUCUGCAAGGUUGGCAAAGUAGUUGAAGCUGAAGAAAUGAUUCGUCAAAUUACGGAUGCAGGUUUAAGACCUGACGUGAUCACAUACAAUACCCUAAUUUCAGGUUUUGCAAAGACUGGAAACACCCUCAAUUGUUUAAAGUUGUACAAUGAUAUGAAAACUUGUGGGAUCACACCUACACUGAAUACGUAUCAUCCUCUGAUUAGUGUGUGCAAGGACUGUAUGGUAACAGUAGAGAAACUCAUUCAAGAAUUAUCAGAGAAUAAAUUGACUCCUGAUCGAGUCACAUAUAAUGAACUCAUUCGUUGUUAUUCUGAGCAGGGAAAUGUUGAGAAAUCACUUGCCUUGCAUCAUGAGAUGGUGUGUCGGAGAAUUUCUCCUGAUUUGAUGACGUACAAUAGCUUGAUUAUUGGGCAGUUAAAGGACGGAAAAACCCAGGAAGCCAAAGAGCUUGUAAAUGAUAUGCAAACCAGAGGAUUGUUUCCAAAAGCUAUUACUUAUACUACACUUAUCGAGGGGCACUGUAAACUUGAGGAUUAUCUCGGAGCAUAUGCUUGGUACACAGAAAUGUUUGGAAAAGGAUUUCUCCCUAGUGUUGGCACCUGUAAGGAGCUUAUUGCUGGCUUAAUAAAGGAGGGAAGAAGGGAAGAGGCCAGUUUUAUUUACUCAGAUAUGAGCAGUGUUAAAGGAUUAGAUAAUUGGAGUCCUGAUGACUAUGGGGGUCUUUCUGCUGUUACCAAAAUGCAGUGAAAUAUAUCCUCAGCUGUUACUAAAAAGGGUGAAGAUUACAGCUUCGCCACUUAUAUACAUACGGAGUAUAUUAUUUUUGAUUCCUUUUCUCAAUUAGAGUCGGAAGUUGUAGCUUGUAUAUGCUUUUAAAUUUGUUUAUAUCAAAUUUUAUGUGCAGCCAGCACUAUCAUUCUUUUACCAUGUAUCACAUUUAAGAUGUGAAUAACACAUAAUAUUAAAAGAAAUCAAACUAGUUGAAUUAGAGUGAGAAGGUGAAAUAUUCUAAAUUGUUGUGCUUUCACUUGUUAAUUUAUUUUUAACUGUGCAAGAUGGCAGUUUGAGAAAUCUGGAGCAUGACUACCCUAGCUUCAGGGAGCCUUAUCACAAUUGUUCAUCACCAGCCAGCCACACAAUCGUCCUCCCCUUUUGAGAUUCAUAUUCACAUCCCUCAGGUGCACAGAAGAACUCAAGCCACAUAAAUUAGAAACAAUCAAUACACAAUAUCUACCAUUUCUUACAAUGACUUCAUUAGAUGAUUGCUUGAGAUGAGUUUUGGUUGAGAAAUUUCUUCAAGUAAUUAGCAGGAAACGUCAAGUAAGUGACAUUAGGGACAAAGCGAGUUCUUACCUAGUACAAAUAACCGCGACAAACUGAGAUAUGUCUUAAACAGUUAACAUAUAAUCUCUGAGCCCGAGAUUGAUAUUGAGAUAUGUUUAACAAGCAACAACACAUAACAAGUGGUAUUUAAGCCACUAUGUUUAACAAGCAACAACACAUAACAAGUGGUAUUUAAGCCAAUAAAAAGGAGUAAAUAAGUGAUUUCAAUAAUUACUAAAACAAAAGAAGAAGAAGCAGAUAUCGACAUCCUAGAACUUCAAAUCAUACACAAAGUAGGAAUUGAAACAUGAACAAGUAUAUGAAGCAGCCAUUGUCUAGGAGUUAAUUUAUUAAACUCAAUGUCGAAAACUCAGAUUAUUCGGAAACAGAGAAGACUGGUACAAUCUCAGCAUCUGAAACAAAGCUAGUUCAUAUUCAUAACUUAACUAAAAUAAAACAAACAAAAAAAAAGAA